AUGCUAAAAAUCAUCAUUCCAACUAUCACACUCCUCCCCCUCACCUUCCUCUCCCCACCCAAACACCUAUGAACCAACACCACAAUAUACAGCCUACUGAUCGCUGCUGCCAGCCUGCAAUGACUCGCCCCAACAUACUACCCCAACAAAGGACUAACACCCUGAACCUCCAUUGACCAAAUCUCCACACCUCUACUAGUCCUAUCCUGCUGAUUACUUCCCCUCAUAAUCAUAGCAAGCCAAAACCACCUGGAACAAGAACCAAUCACCCGUAAACGAAUCUUCCUCGCAACACUAGUCCUAGUCCAACCGUUCAUCCUCCUAGCCUUUUCAGCCUCAGAACUAAUACUAUUCUACAUUGCAUUCGAAGCCACCCUAAUCCCCACACUAAUUCUAAUCACCCGCUGAGGCAGCCAACCAGAACGACUAAACGCCGGCAUCUACCUCCUAUUCUACACCCUAGCCAGCUCCCUCCCCCUACUCAUCGCCAUCCUACACCUCCACAACCAAGUCGGCACACUAUACUUCCCCAUACUCAAACUCUACCACCCCCCAGCAGCCGACUCCUGAACAAGCCUAGCAUCAAGCCUAGCCCUCCUCCUAGCCUUCAUGGUUAAAGCACCCCUAUACGGCCUCCAUCUAUGACUUCCCAAAGCCCACGUAGAAGCCCCCAUUGCCGGCUCCAUGCUACUCGCCGCCCUCCUGCUAAAACUAGGCGGCUACGGCAUCAUACGAAUCACCCUCCUAAUCAACCUCUCAUCCAGCAACCUUCACUACCCAUUCAUCAUUCUAGCCCUCUGAGGCGCACUGAUAACCAGCGCUAUCUGCCUACGCCAAAUUGACCUAAAAUCACUAAUUGCCUACUCAUCAGUCAGCCACAUAGGACUUGUCGUAGCUGCCACCAUAAUCCAAACCCAAUGGGCAUUCUCAGGCGCAAUAAUUCUAAUAAUUUCCCACGGACUAACUUCCUCAAUACUCUUCUGCCUAGCCAACACCAACUACGAACGCACCCACAGCCGCAUCCUCCUCCUCACACGAGGCCUCCAACCCCUCCUCCCCCUCAUGGCAACCUGAUGACUCCUGGCCAAUCUAACAAACAUGGCAAUCCCACCCACAACCAACCUCAUGGCAGAACUCACCAUCAUCAUCGCCCUCUUCAACUGAUCCUCAUUCACAAUCCUCCUAACAGGAGCUGCAAUCCUACUAACCGCCUCCUACACCCUAUACAUGCUCAUAAUAACCCAACGAGGACCCCUACCCUCCCACAUUACCUCCAUCCAAAACUCCUCCACCCGAGAACACCUACUCAUAGCCCUACACAUAAUCCCUAUAAUCCUCCUCAUCCUCAAACCCGAACUCAUUUCAGGCAUUCCCGUAU